UUCGUGUCUUAUUACUGUACGAGUAUAUAGUUUACAUGCAGAAAUACCAGACAUAUCCAUCCGCCCGUCGCAUGUUAGCAUGGUAUCAAAGCACUGCUGUCGAAAUCUCGUCUCAAUUUAUCUGCUGUGUCUGGAGUCUGCACAGUGACUGCGACAUUUAAUAAUUUAACGUAGCCGUUUGUCUUGCAAAAAAGGCAGCGUAUUCUUUCUAUAUUAACAGUAAGCGUUAGUUCAAAUUCACGGUAAACAGUAGUGAUAAAAAAAUAAUUUUGCUUCGAACAACUGCACACGACCUGUUUCUCGCUGCUAGCUGUGCUGCUUGUGCACAUUUCUAGGAUUUGCCGUUUGUCUGCAGCGAUAUACAGGUAUGGAGUGCAUGGUUUAACUUUAAUGAGUGGUCGGAAGUCAGCGACAGAGAAGAGCAAAGCAAAGCAGAAGCAGUGCCCCGUAUGCAGCAAAUGGUAUGCCAGCCAGAAAACUUUUAAUAUUCACAACAGGAUUCAUACAGGAUUUAAACCUCACUGUUGUGGACUUUGUCCAAAGAAAUUCGCUCAAGGAAAUGCCUUAAAAGCCCACAUUGAUGCUCACAAGGGCAACCGCAAUUGGAUCUGCGACAUCUGUAGCAAAGCUUUCAUCCAGUCAGCUCACUUACGAACCCAUCAGCGGGUACACUCAAGGAUCAGAAAACAUCAGUGCGGUGUUUCCCAUCCAGAGUUCUCUUCGAACGAUAUCCACGAUGGUGGUUUUAAAAUACCUGAUGCAAAAUACGAUCGCCAUACUUCUGCAAGUGUUGCUAGAAGGUCGCGACGCACUGAAAAGAAAUAUUCAUGCGCGACCUGCUUAUCUGGGCGGAAGACUCUGUUAGUAAAUGAACAUCAGCAGCGCAGCAGAAAGGUCGCUCGUGAACGGCAGCUAAACGGCACAAACCUGUUGUGUGCGGCCGCUCCGGAGCCGAUUGUCACUAUCAAGCGUGAACCUGGCCGGAAAAUGCGCAGUAAUUACCUGCUUCCGAAUGGGUUGCCAGUAUAUUCGGCAGAUGCUGUGAAAGUGCAUUUGGAUGAGGUUGAGAAUCCGUCUGCCGCAGUAAAGGAAGAACCGGCAGAGGAUAUUGCAAAGGAGGCUGCGUUGUGUGAGGAGAAUAACAGUUCAACGAGUUUUGGAGAAUUUGCCAAGCAGAUGUUUCAGGGAGUUCCAGGCAGCAAAUAUUCCCCCAACGUUGGCAUGGGUGAUUGGUUGGAUGACGAUGCAACAACAAAGUGCGCCGAUGAAACUGAGCAACAAAAAUCGGAUCUUGUUGAAGAAUUGUCUCCGGUCACGCUUGAAGCCGGUCUUGAUGUGGAUUCGGAAGUGCUGGUGGAGAUAAUGGAAGAAUGCAUGACUUUGUUAGACGAUAGCAAUUUUUUGAGUACUGUGGAAAUGGUAUUGGAAUAUUCAAUUCCGAUUAACUAGGGUAGGAGUUUGGUGCUUAUACACAGUAAACACGAUUUUCGCUGAUUGAUAAGUUAAAAAUGCAGUUGCAAGUUACAACUGACAUCUCUGAGGGAAUUACACGCUGUUAUCACUUUAUCGCUGUUAAUUGUGAGUGCACUAUUUUGUGCAUGAUUUGAUCAGUGACAGUACUUCUAUGGCAGCGAAAAGUUAAGACUGUUGAGAAAAAUAUUAAUCGGAUAAACACAC